CACUAGGAUGGGUUCUUCUUAAUCGAGACUUCAGUCAUCCUGCCUGAAGUAUUUCUUUCUUAAUUAGCAUUAAUAUCAAGAGAGAAUUAAGUUAAUUAACCACACCAUUUCUUCAGAAGUAUCAGGUAAUUUGUCUAAACUGGAGCUGAUUAAUUACUCCACCUAAAUCCUUGCCUGCCUUCUCUCUCUUUCUUUUUGUCUCUCUGUCCGGCCGUGGUCGUGCCGUCGUGGUGGCCCAGAUACUGGAAUCAUUUCUCCAAGUCUUGGAAAAUUCAACUCUCUCAGAAGCAGGAGACCAAAUUCUCAUCUGGGUUCAUCUGCUUUCAAGCAGACUAAAUUCACUGGUCCAAAGAGCCGGCUUAGAAAAUCUAAUCUGACCUUUUUUCAGAAACUCUAAUCCCAUCAGAACCUAAGCUCACUUUUAUUCUUGAUUUUGUAUUCCGUCAGGAGAUUUUGUAUUCCGUCUGGCAUAUCUGAUCUUGGUUUUUUCUGGGAUAUCCCAAGUUGGGUUGUAUUUCUCUGAAAUUCGUCACCAUAGCCAUAACUCCCUAUCUGGGUGCUCUAUCCUGAAUCAGUAGAAACAUGGGACAUUGUUUCAGCAAGGACAACGUUUCACAACUAGAUGUAAACGGGCAUAGAUCAGGGGCAGAUGUUGCGAGGCAUCAACAAAGAAGACAAGAGCCAGUUGUUCAUACGCAGCACAAACCUCCUGCCCAGCAGCAGACCCGCCCAUUACCCGAAAGGCCCAAGACUCAGCCGCUGGCCCCUGCUCCAGUUAGGUCUUCUCCUUAUUCCCUUACUCACAGACAAGAAACCAUCUUGGGAAAGCCUUUUGAAGAUGUUAAGUCCCAUUACACAAUUAGAAAGGAAUUGGGUAGAGGUCAGUUUGGUGUUACUUACCUUUGCAUUGAGAAUUCAACUGGUCACACGUAUGCCUGCAAGUCAAUAUCGAAGAGGAAGCUUGUUAGUAAAAACGAUAAGGAUGACAUAAGAAGGGAGAUUCAGAUCAUGCAACACUUGACCGGACAGGCUAACAUUGUAGAAUUUAAGGGAGCUUAUGAGGAUAGGCAAUCAGUACACCUUGUGAUGGAGCUCUGCGCUGGUGGGGAACUCUUCGAUCGGAUAAUUGCCAAGGGGCAUUAUUCUGAGAGGGCUGCCGCAACCAUUUGCAGGGCCAUCGUGAAUGUUGUCCACAUCUGUCAUUUCAUGGGCGUCAUGCAUCGGGAUCUCAAGCCGGAGAAUUUCUUGCUUUCCAGCAAGGAUGAAGGAGCGAUGUUGAAGGCAACCGAUUUUGGGCUGUCUGUGUUUAUUGAGGAAGGAAAGAUAUACAGAGAUAUUGUAGGAAGUGCCUACUAUGUUGCACCCGAAGUGUUGCGGCGUAGUUAUGGAAAGGAAGUAGAUAUUUGGAGUGCAGGAGUAAUCUUGUAUAUUCUGCUCAGUGGUGUACCUCCAUUUUGGGCUGAAACGGAGAAGGGAAUAUUUGAUGCUAUACUGAAAGGAGAUAUUGACUUUGAAAGUGCACCAUGGCCAUCUAUUUCAAGAAGUGCCAAAGAUCUGGUUAGAAAGAUGCUCACACAGGAUCCCAAAAAACGGAUUACCUCUGCACAAGUUCUUGAGCAUCCAUGGAUUAAAGAAGAUGGAGAAGCAUCAGACAAACCAAUAGAUAGUGCAGUUCUGUUUAGGAUGAAGCAAUUCAGGGCUAUGAACAAGCUUAAGAAACUUGCACUGAAGGUCAUCGCAGAGAAUCUUUCUGCAGAAGAAAUUAAAGGGCUGAAAGCAAUGUUCACAAACAUGGACACUGACAAGAGUGGUACAAUCACCUAUGAAGAACUGAAGACAGGGUUGGCUCGACUUGGAUCAAAACUAUCAGAGGCUGAAGUCAAACAACUCAUGGAAGCUGCUGAUGUGGAUGGAAAUGGAACAAUCGAUUAUAUUGAAUUUAUUACUGCAACCAUGCAUAGGCACAAGCUAGAAAGAGACGAACAUCUAUAUAAAGCCUUCCAGCAUUUUGAUAAAGAUCAGAGCGGGUUUAUUACAAGAGAUGAAUUGGAAACAGCUAUGAAGGAAUACGGAAUGGGUGAUGAAGCCAGCAUUAGGGAAAUAAUUUCAGAGGUGGAUACAGAUAAUGAUGGGAGAAUCAACUAUGAGGAGUUUUGUACAAUGAUGAGGAGUGGAUUGCAGCAGCAUGCCAAGCUAUUCUAAUUCCAGUGACAGCCAGCUUUUUUUUUUUUAUUUCUGCCAAAUGCAUUGGUAGAGCGUAAUAUUUAACUACCUCACCAAGUGAACCAUGCAAGCAAUAUAGAAGGGUCUUGAAGACUUGGGGGAUCUCAUUGGAGACCUCUAGUAUGUGCAGUGCUGAGUGCCCUUUAUCUAAGAGGAUUAUUUCCACUAUUGUCUCAUAUUCAAAUGGAAAGAGGCAUGAAGGCAAAUUUAGCAUGUAAGGCCGUUGGUUUAGAUAGUUUGGAGCUUGUACUCUUUGUAUAUCUAGUUUCUUCAUGUUUGUUUGUUUUCCCUUUCAUUCCAAGGAAUUUGUAUUGCAGCUGUUUUUCAUUGUGACCACUUAACGUUAAGAGGCAUCCAUGCUGAGAGCCUAUAUACAGAAGAAUUUGUUCUUGUCAUAGAAGUUGACUUCUGUGAGAUUGAUAAUGUUGCUUUUGAUGUA